AAGAAAGGUGCAGCCGAUAAAAACUGUUCGGAUUACGAACGCUAGUAUCGAUAAUGAGACCAAACGAUGAAAGUAUAUACAGACCUUGGAGUAGCGAAGAUCAGGACGCGGGGGACGAUGAAGAAGAGGAUGACAGGGAGGAUGCAAGAAGUUUGCUCAGGAAGAAGAGAUUCAACAUGGAGCUCCUCUGUGCCAUCACUGAUCCUGACCAUACGAGGAAUGAAAUAAUAGAAGAAGUUAAAAGAUGUUUGAAAAACGGAGCGUCAUGCGAGGCAAGGUGCCAAGAAGAUCUGGUUACAGCAUGCCACGUAGCAGCGACCUAUGGCGAAGACGACAUCCUCACGGUGCUUCUGGAUGCCGGAGCUUCACCUUCGACUAGGGACAGGUAUGGUCGACAGCCUCACCACAUGGCGGCCGCAAAGGGUCACCUAUCCACUAUCGUCCUUCUUGUCAGCAAGGAUAUGAGUCUCAUUAACUCUCAAGUCAUACCUCAAGAAGCAGACAUCGAAGACAAGCAUUUAGAUUCCAAUAUUCACAACCACCAGGAAAUUUCGUCAGAGUUACCAUGGAUAACCGAAGGGAGCACCGCACUUCAUGUGGCAUCUAGAUGCGGCUUUGUAGACGUUGUUGACUUCCUUCUUGAAAACAAAGCUAUUAUCGGAAUCAAGGACAGCCAACAUCAAACAGCACUGGACGUUGCAGGAUUGGAUGCUGACAGGAGUGUACCAGGCACCAUUGUGUGUGCCGCAGUUCCUGCCGACGACAUCCCUAGGUUAGGAAGUGUUCGAUCUUCAGGGUCCAGAGAGUCGAGACCUUCGAUAAGAUUUCUUGGCAAAAAGAAAAAGAAAGAAAAAACUCAAUUCAUGGAAUUAUGCAGUUCAUUCUUCAAAACAGGUAUCCAACUGUCUAUGCCUGAGCUCAGCGACAAGAAGGUGACGUUGCUCCAUACAGCCGUCAAGAAGCAGGACAUCACUGCGAUACAGGAAUUGAUUAACCAAGGUUUCAAAAUUAACACUCAAGACGAUAAGGGACUCACUCCAGUCCAUUUGGCGGUAGAACUUCAUCUGACAGAAUCGCUUAAAAUCCUUUUGGAAAGCGAUGCCUCCGCCGUGAACUACAGGGAUGGUAAAGGCAGAACUCCUCUGCACGUUGCUGUCGAGUACGAAUGGAUGAAAGGUGUCCAGUUACUAUUGGAACUAAAAACGGACUUGAAAAUUGUAUCGAAAAAUGGUGAAACUGUCCUCCAUGUGGCAGCACGGAAGGGAAAUCCUCAACUCUUGAAAAUAUUGCUCGACAGAUUUACAACUAAGGUGAUUAAUAGAAGAGAUGAUGAGGGAUAUACACCAUUGCUCCGAGCAGUUGAAAAAGGGAAUCUUAGCUGUGUAGAACUCCUUCUUAAAAAUGUCGAUGAUCCUAAUUUCAAGAAACAUGUAAAAACUUCAAAAGAUACCAGUCCUUCAUCAACACUCCUACACGUCGCAGUAAAAUCCAACGCCUCAGAAGUGUUAGAAAAACUGAUUUCGGUAUUAAAUCCAACAAAUAGUUACUUAAACUUUCGGAAUGAUGAGGGCUAUAGUGCACUUCACCUGGCAGCACAAAAAGGAAGCAUUAAAUGCGCUGAAAUAUUGCUCUCGACACCUGGUAUUGCAAUAGACCUCUUCUCCGAUAAAGAAGAACAGAACGCUUUGCACUUCGCUGCAGCUUCUGGUAACUUAGAAAUAAUAAAAAUGCUAUUGAAAGAGUGUUCCCAUCACGAAAUGAACCUUCUGCACACCACCGACCACAAAGGUCGGGAGCCGUUGAUACUAGCGGUGAAUGGGGGCUAUCGGGAGUGUGUCAUAUAUCUCCUGUCGAAGGGUGCCAACCUGGCCGCGAGAGACGGUGGCCUCACGGCUCUGGAUCUCAUCUUCUACAAGCUGCAUCAUCCCGUCCAGAUAUUGGACAAUCUUAUGAACAGCUUCAUGGUAAAGGAAUCGGCCACGGACAGCCUCAAAGAAGACAGCACAGACCUGGAAGUCAUCUUGGACUUCACCAUUCUCCUUGCCGAUGUCCGGAACAACUCUCGUCAGUUUGGAGUCAUCGACGCUAUUAACAACUGCGCUUACGGGCAGCUACAGCAAGAAAUGUUUCUUCACCCUCUAGUCUCGAGCUUCCUAGUCCUCAAGUGGAGACAGUUAAAAUAUUUUUUCAAAAUCUUAUUGUUCAUUCACCUUAUCCACAUACUGUCAGUGACUGGAAUGGCUACGAUGACUUAUGCGUAUCAUAAUCCGAUUGUGGCUUGGAUCUGCAGGGCAAUCGUGCUCAUCACACUUAUACCUAUUAUAUUUUGGGAACUGUUAAACGCAAGUAGAUUCGAAAGGUUUUACGUGCUAGACGGAGAAACGUGGGUGAAGUGGGCAGUGAUAUUCACGACAGGGCUUAUGGCCAUUCUGCCCGGUCUCAGCUGGGCUCGCUACCUCACCUCGAUAGCGGUGCUACUGGCUUGGAUAGAGCUCCUCUUCCUCUAUGCCAAGACAUUCACUUUGGGACUCAUCGUUCAGAUGUUCUUCGAAGUAGCAAAAAAUGUAGUAGAGGUCAUGACAACAUUCAUAGUACUAAUUUUGGGUUUCACCUUUGCGUUCCUGGUCCUAUUCAAUGAGCAUUAUCCUUUCACGGACCUCUGGACUUCUUUAUGCAAGGUGCUCAUCAUGAUGGUAGAGCUGGAUUACAAUGGCGCCUUUACAGAAGAGGACAAUCAAGCUUCAGUUUUCAACGUCGUAGGUCGGAUAAUGUACAUCAGCUUCGUGAUCCUUGUCGUAUUGGUAAUGAUAAAUCUGAUUCAGAGCAUGUCUGUAAGCGAUGUGGCGAAGCUAGAAGCACAGGGCAGGUCCAAGCGGUUGGCAAAGAAAGCUUCAUUCCUUAGUCUUCUUGAGAGUUUUUGUUAUAACGAGAAAUUGCUCAACUGGCUUCCCGAAUUCGCUCAGGAGAAAAUAGAGAACAAGAGAUCUGUACCAAAGAAGAUAUACGUAAAACCAAACCAGCCUACAAGUGAAGAUAACCCUUUGUCAGAAAAAUUACGAUCCAUAAUACGAGAUACUGUGUUCAAUAGAAACGUUCAUAAAGAAGCAGAAAAUCAAGAUAGCAAAGUCGACCACCUUAUUUCAGAUGUUGAAAAAAUGUACGAUAUGAUAAGGGAAAUAAAAGAAAGUUUAAUACAGCUACAAAACCAAUCCGACAAAAUGUAGUUUCGAGGAUCCCGCGGAGUGUUUAGUCCACAGGUGUGUAAUGUAUAACUUAAACUAUUAAAGCUAAAGUUGACCCAAGCAGAAGAGUAUUAUAAAUGAAGUAUGAAGAAGCUAAUAAACGAAGAAUUCUCAAACAUAUAUGUUUCAUAUAUUUCAAUGUUUUAGUAAUUUAUUAAUUAUAUUGUAUUAUUAUAUCGUAUCAUUUUUGCAAGAAAAGAUAUCCACAAUUUCUAUGACUUUAAUUAGGAAGUAGGAAGUGCAAAUUUCAUUUUUUUUUUAUUCUACAAUUUUUAAUUUGGACGAAAAAAGUUAACGAGGAGAGUUUACAUACGUAAAGAAUUAACGUGGGAGGACAUUUUGUACAUGUAAUUUACAAAAUUACAUUACGAAAUUAAAAACAUUCAUAUAACGUAUAAAUAUAUUAAAAGAAAAAGAUUGAAAAUUUACCAAAAUUGUGCCGAGUUAGAGAGCAAAGUGGGUUCAAAUGUUUUUGUUUUUUUUAGAGAGAAACAGACUUGAGAUUCGUU